AUGGUCUGCUUCAACUUUAGUCACUGGUGUGAACACAGAGUGGAAGAUAAACUGGAGAAGAUCAUCUCCCCUCGCCUGCAGCUUGAAGUGGCAUGCUCAGAGGUGUACCAGUUCAACACUCAAGGCUGGAGGCUGGAUGUAGACAGGAUGCGCCAUACACAUGGGGGUGAUGAUGGCAUUGCUCUGUAUUACAAAAGACAAGGACCCAAUGCUUCCUGCUUCCUAUUCAAAGCUGCGAACAUUGUGACUGAACGAGUGAAUAGGACAGUAAGAGCCUGCUGUGAAGGCUGGUCUGGUCCUCACUGCUCACAGGAAGUGAGUAUUCGGGGUCUGUGUUUCUCUACAUGGAGUUGUAAGGAAUUUCCCGGGGUUCAGAAUUCCUCUCUGAUGCCUUUUGAGCAAUGUUGUGGCAGCCUGUGGGGACUUAGCUGGAAAAAUGCUUCUGAUCAGACCUGCUUGUCCUGUUCCUACACCCUCUUGCCAGAUGCUUGGCCUUCACCCCUUUUUCACAGGGGUCUUCUUGGAGGCAUUCGAGAUCCCAAGGCCUCUGCCACUUGUAUGAGCUGGGGUGGAGCACAUUAUCGUUCCUUCGACAGGAAGCACUUCCAUUUCCAUGGUGCUUGCACCUAUCUGUUGGCCUCAUCCACUGACGGGACUUGGGCUGUCUACAUUAGCACUGUGUGUGACGGCAGAGGACACUGCAGCAAGGCAUUGAAGAUGAUGCUGGGACUUGACCUUGUGUCUGUUCAUAAGGGCAACAUAUCACUCAACAGUGUCCUAUUACAGCAGGGUGAACCUUUCUUUCAAAAUGGAGUGAGUAUUCACUGGCUGGGAGAUUUUGUGUUUGUUGAAAGUGGAUUGGGCAUCAGAGUGAAAUUCGAUAUGAGGAACACUGUCUAUCUGACAGUUGGUGCAGAACACUUUGCUGCUACUAGGGGCCUCUGUGGAUUAUACAACAAUAAUGCAGAUGAUGACUUCACCAGUAGGAGUGGAAGUGUAUCGCAGUAUGCUGCCAGCUUCGGAAAUUCAUGGCGUGUUCCAAACCAAGAGACAGAGGACUGUAGUGAUGCAGCAGAGUUGGGCCACAGCUGUGACAUUAUGGGUGACAUCAGCUUGCGUAGAGCGGCAGAACUGACAUGUCAUCAGCUCAAGGACAAUCCCUUUUCACAAUGCCAUCAUCGAGUGGAUCCAGGUCCCUAUGUAGAUACCUGUCUAUAUGUGUACUGCAGUUUGGGGGCUAAUGAGAAAGAGGCAGCUGUGUGUGAUACGCUUGCUAGCUAUGUCCGUGAGUGUGCCCAACAACAUGUCAUCCUCAGCUGGCGGGGCCCUGGUCUCUGUGAGCGAGUGUGUCCUGGGGGUCAGGUUUUCUCAGAUUGCGUGUCUUCCUGUCCCCCGAGUUGCUCCUCAGCUCUCCCCCCAGCAUCAGGCCAGUGUCGGGAGGAGUGUGUUGGGGGUUGUGAGUGUCCUCCUGGGCUCUAUCUGCAUGACGGCCAAUGCUUACGGCGGGAACACUGCCCCUGCUUCCAUAGGAGACGCACAUACCGGGAAGGAGACACCAUAAAACACAAAUGUAACACCUGUGUGUGUCAGGCAGGCCAAUGGCAGUGUUCUGCAGAAAGGUGUGCAGCUCAGUGCAGUAUUAUCGGGGCAAUGCAAAUCACUACUUUUGAUAAGAAGCGAUAUAACCUCCAGGUUGGUGACUGUCAGCUCACAGCAAUUGAGGAUUUUGUGGAUAAGAAGCUUGCAGUGACCAUCAGAGGCGGGGAGUGCGUGAAGAGAGGUGGCAUGCGCUGCCCAUGGGAGACAACCAUCACUGCUCUCCAUACUACAGUGACCCUAACUAACACUGGUUCUGUGAUGCUAAAUGGACAGCCAAAGGCUUUGCCAGUGUUAACGGCUGAUCUAGCUGUGCGGAAAUCAUCUUCAACCUUCCUCAUCAUCCAUGUGUUUGGGGCUCAGCUGCUCUGGCACACUGAAGGCCCUCUUAUCCUCAUCAGUCUGCAGCCGGGCUUUGCUCAUAAGGUGAGAGGCCUGUGUGGGACACUGACUUGGAAUCAACACGAUGACUUCACCACACCAGAAGGGGACAUUGAGAACAGUGUGACCUCCUUUGUCUCAAAGUUUAGCCUUGGAUCAUGCUAUUUGCCCUCAGCAGUGACCUCAGACCCCUGUAACACCUACACCCAGCACAGAGAGUAUGCAGAAAGUGUCUGUGCUGUUAUCCACAGUCCUGUGUUUCAGAGCUGUCAUGACAUGGUGGAGCGGGAGCCAUACAUGCGCCAAUGUCUGAGCGAGGUGUGCAGCUGCACCCCACACACACAGUGCCAGUGUACUGUCCUCACUGCCUAUGCUCAACAUUGUGCGCAGGAGGGCGUGCUAGUAAGCUGGAGAAACCACACCUUCUGCCCGAUGCAGUGUUCUGGGGGGCAGGUGUAUCAUGAGUGUGGCCGGCCAUGUGGAGUCUCAUGUACUGACCUGCAGCAGAACUGGAGCUGCCAAGAGGAUGCAGGUACUCAGAGCUGUGUACCAGGCUGCCAGUGUCCUGCAGGUCUGGCACAGGAUGACCAGGGCCAGUGUGUGCCAGUCAGCAUGUGCCCAUGUGUUCAUGCUGGAGUUGUCUAUCAGCCAGGACGCUCUGUGCAAAUCAACUGCAAUACCUGUGUGUGUGGACAUGGGGUGUGGAACUGUACUGAUCAUACCUGCCCUGAGGUUACAGAGUGCCCUGGCUCCCUGGUCUUCUCCCCUCGAUCUUGUCUGAGGACCUGCUCUAGUCUGUACAAGGGGUCCUGCACAGAGCCCAUCUAUGGCUGCAUCUGUCCUGAGGGAACUGUGCUCUUGGGUGAUCAAUGUGUGUCUCCUGAUGAAUGUCCAUGUCACCAUAAUGGCAGACUCUUCUUCACAAACGAUACCAUUUCUAAAGACUGCAACACAUGUGUAUGUAAGCAGCGUCGAUGGCACUGCACCCAGUCAUUAUGCGCUGGAACAUGUGUAGCUACAGGUGACCCACAUUAUGUGACCUUUGAUGGUCGCUGUUUCUCCUUCCUGGGAGACUGUGAGUACAUGCUGGUGCAGGAGAAAGAAGGUUUGUUCAGCGUGACUGCAGAGAACGUACCCUGCGGCAGCACUGGGGUCACCUGCACCAAAUCUGUCACACUGAGCGUCGGCAACACCGCCAUUCACCUGCUCAGGGGAAAGGCUGUGACAGUAAACGGCAUGCCUGUGACUCUUCCUAAGUCUUACUCAGGCAGUGGCUUAAUGCUGGAGAACAUCGGUCUGUUUGUUUCUCUCUCGUCUCGACUUGGUGUUACACUUCUUUGGGAUGGAGGCAUGCGUGUGUAUGUGCGGUUGGAACCCCACUUGCGAGGCCGGGUUGGUGGUUUGUGUGGGAACUUUGAUGGAGACACAGAGAAUGACUUCACCACAAGGCAAGGCAUAGUGGAGUCCACACCAGAGCUGUUUGGGAACUCCUGGAAGGUUAGCCCAUCCUGCCCUGAUGUCUCUGAGCAAGACCUGCGUGACCCCUGCAACAUCAAUCCUCACAGAGUGAGCUGGGCAAAGAAGAAGUGUGCAGUGAUUACCCAAGAGAUAUUUGCCUCAUGUCAUUCUGAAGUCCCGCACCAGCAGUACUAUGAUUGGUGUGUCUUUGAUGCCUGUGGCUGUGAUUCAGGAGGAGACUGUGAGUGUCUUUGCACAGCCAUCGCUGCCUACGCUGAGGAGUGCAACCGUAGAGGAGUCUACAUUCGUUGGAGAUCUCAAGAGCUUUGCCCCAUGCAAUGUGAGGAUGGUUUGGUUUAUGAAGCCUGUGGUUCUGCUUGCUCUGAUGUCUGUCCUGGCAGCUCUCCUAGUGCUGACUCUCACUGCAGCGCCCUCUCCUGUGUGGAGGGCUGCUUUUGCCCUCAGGGAACCGUCCGCCACGGCGAUAGCUGUAUUUCUCCCUCCGAGUGCCCGUGUGAGUGGGAUGGCUCACUGUUUCCUCCUGGAGCUGCUGUAACUGAACAUUGUCAGAACUGCUCCUGUUCUAAGGGCACCUGGAACUGCACUGGCCCUGCAUGUCCUCCAACCGUUCCCUGUCUGGAUUCAGAGUUCCAGUGUAGCGGUGGUUCUAGUCGCUGUAUUCCCUCUCUCUGGCUCUGUGAUAAUGAGGAUGACUGUGGAGAUGGAUCAGAUGAGCUUUGUCCCACCACCUGUCACCCUGAGCAGUUCCGCUGCUCUGGAGGAGUCUGUUUACCCCUGGAGCUGCGCUGUAAUGGCCAUCCUGACUGCGCUGAUCAGUCCGAUGAGGAGUUUUGUGCUCCGGUUACAGCAGUCCCAGGAUGUGGUUCUGGGGAGUUCCGGUGUGCUAAUGGACACUGUUUGUCUGCCUCUAAAGUGUGCGAUGGACGACUGGACUGUGGGUUUGCUGACGACUCAGAUGAGAGAGGUUGUGGAGUGGUGUGUGCUGAACAGGAGUUCCGCUGUUCAGGCGGACGCUGUAUUCUCUAUUUGCAUCGUUGUGAUGGUCAUGAUGACUGUGGAGACUUUAGCGAUGAGCGUGGGUGUGUUUGUGCUCCGGGAGAGUUCCAGUGCCCUGGUGAUCAGUGCGUGCCUGCAGUGAGAGUAUGUGAUGGCCGUAAGGACUGUCCAUCUGGGAUUGAUGAAGUUAUCUGUCCUGUUAAAGACUGUAAUCAGCAUGAGUUUGGGUGUGCAAAUGGUCAGUGUGUGCCACUGGCUUGGCGUUGUGAUGGUGAAACAGACUGUCUAGAUGGAAGUGAUGAACAGCAGUGUGCCCAUGCUUGUGGACCUGAUCAGGUCUCCUGUCAGAGUGGAGACCAGUGUGUCCAGCAUGUGCAUCUGUGUGACGGGACACCGCACUGCCGUGAUGCCUCUGACGAAAGCGAGGACAAUUGUGGGUCCACACGAAUCCCACCCUGUACUGGCAGCUUCUCAUGUGAUAACAGAACAUGUGUGAAUAUAUCACGUGUGUGUAACGGUAUUCCUGACUGUCCCAGAGGAGAGGACGAACUGGUUUGUGAAAAGCCCAGUAUCUCUCCACUGCCCCCUGGUGACAGGAACACUACUCACACUUGUCCUGAGUUCACCUGCUUGGAUGGAUCCUGUGUCCCUUUCAAAUCAGUAUGUAAUGGAGUAGCAGACUGCCCUGAUACUGGAAGCCCCUCAGAUGAACAGGACUGUCGGAGUUGGGGCCCAUGGGGCCCCUGGAGUCCCUGCAGCCACUCCUGUGGCUCUGGCGUUAUGAACAGAUACAGACACUGCCCUGUGGGGGACACUCUAACACACUGCAGGGGAAAUGAUACACAGAGACAGCAGUGCUACUCCACAGCAUGUCCUGUUGAUGGAUAUUGGUCAGCAUGGACAACAUGGUCUAACUGCUCUAAAGGUUGUGGGGGAGUGGAGAUUCGCAAAAGAGUGUGUGUUCCACCACAGAAUGGAGGUCAAGCGUGCACUGAACUGCCAGGAGACACAGCCCUGAGCACCGAGAUCAAACCGUGUCCUCAGGAUGCCUGUGCUAAUGUUUCCUGUCCUGCCGGUCUGGUGUCACACACUUGUGCUCCUUGUCCUUUGACUUGUGCUCAUAUAUCAAGUGAUACAUCCUGUGAUCCCAGUGCUCAGUGUUUCACAGGUUGCUGGUGCCCAGAGGGCAAAGUGAUGAACCAAAUGCAGAAGUGUGUACUGCCAGAAGAGUGUGUGUGUGAGGUGUCAGGGGUGCGGUACUGGCCGGGGCAGCAGGUCAAGAUGGGCUGUGAGAUUUGUAGGUGUGAAAGAGGAAGACCACGGUACUGUCAGGCCAACCCAGAGUGUUCAGUUCACUGUGGUUGGUCAUCCUGGUCCCCAUGGGGUGAGUGUUUGGGUCCAUGUGGGGUACAGAGUGUCCAGUGGUCCUUUCGCAGCCCAAAUAAUCCCUCCAAGCACGGCAGUGGCAGACAGUGUCGUGGUAUUUACCGGAAAGCCAGACGCUGUCAGACAGAGCCGUGUGAAGAGUGUGAGUAUCAGGGACACACCCAUGCAGUUGGUGAUCGCUGGAAAGGAAGUAAUUGUCAGCUUUGCCACUGUUUACCCAACCUUAAAGUUCAGUGUGCACCUUUCUGCCUGUACACUACCACUGGCUGUCCACAGGGUCAAACUCUGAUACCAGGGGAAGAAAACAGGUGUUGCUAUUGUGAAGACAAAGCCCAGAAUGUCAGUACCAUCACAACAACCCCAGCAGGUCGGCCGAUCACUGUUGAGUCCUCCAUGGCACCAGAGGUCAAACCAUUUGUGCCAACGUUUCCUCUCCCACCUGGAGAUGAGUGUUGGUCUCCACUGGGAGUGCAGUCUCUACCUAUCUUCAGUUUCAGUGCCUCGUCACAGCAGCCUGGUCAUCCGGCCUCUGCAGGGCGCCUCCAUUUUCGUGACCCUCACAGUGACCUGCAGGGCUGGAGCCCUGAACCUGAGGAGUACAGGGAGCUCCCUUCAUCUUCCCCUCAUGACCAUACACACCACAGCCAGGCCCCUUACCUACAGAUUGACCUGCUCAGACCAUACAACAUCACAGGAUUGCUCACUCAAGGUGGUGGACACUUCGACACAUUUGUGUCCAGUUUCUACCUGCAGUUUAGCAUUGAUGGCAGUCAGUGGUUCACCUACAAAGAGCUCAUCACAGAAGCUCGUCCUAAAGCCAAGGUGUUCCUGGGUAACCGUGAUGAUCGAGGUGUUAUGCAGAACAGACUGGACCGGAUGGUGUUAGCUCGGUUUGUGCGGGUGCUGCCUCAUGACUUCCAGAAUGGCAUUUACCUGCGAGUAGAGCUGAUGGGGUGUGGUGGUGAGUAUGAGUGGCUAUCUACCCCUGCUCCUACGGUGUCACUCAGGCCCUGCAGAGAGAUGGAGUUCCAGUGUGGGAAUGGCCGCUGUGUUCCCAGUGGGCCACAAGGAGUCUUCUGUGAUGGGGUUAAUGACUGUGGAGAUGGUUCAGAUGAAAUCAGCUGUGACACUCGACCAUCUCCUACCCCCAGCUCCAGAGGCUGUACCAGAGGUCAGUUCUCAUGCCCUCCUCCAGGGGGUUGUAUUGAGGCUUCACGGCGCUGUGAUGGGUUCCCUCAGUGUCCGGAUGGAGCUGAUGAGAGAGGCUGUGGCUCUGACAAUCUCACCCAUGUCACACCCACCCCUGUUCCUCUCAGGACCCCCAGUAUAUCUCCCACUGCUACACCCCAUGGAACACCUGGAUCUCUGGUUAUCUGCUCUUCUCCUCUGGGACUGGAGGAUGGCAGUGUACACUAUGGUCAGCUGACCGCCUCGUCAUCCAGAGACAAUAACCCAGCUGACACGGGCCGCCUCAACAUCGUCCCUAAUGUUUUAGUGAUGGAACCAGGCUGGAGCCCUUUACCAGGAGACCCCCAGCCCUACUUCCAGGUGGAUUUUCUUGAACCCACCUGGAUAUCAGGGCUAAUCACACAGGGCAGUGAACGCAUGUGGGGCUACCUCUCUAAGUACCGUCUGGCGUUUGCUCUGUCUGAGAACAACUUCACAGACUUUACUGAGAGUGGAGAAAAGGGCUCAACCCCAAAGAUCUUUGAGGUGCGGAUGGUAGGCAGGACACCAGUCACACGCUGGCUGGGCAGACUGGUGAGGGCUCGUUACCUGCGUAUUAUACCAGUGCAGUACCGCCACACAUUCUAUCUCCGAGUGGAGAUCCUGGGCUGCAGAGAAGGUUCCUCCACGCUCCCUCCACUAACACCUACACAUCAUCCCCUGGUGCCAAGUCCCUGCUCUGCCAAACAGUUCACUUGUAGCAGUGGAGAGUGUGUGCGUCUGGACAAGAAGUGUGACCUCCACAAAGACUGUGCUGAUGGCUCAGAUGAGAGAAACUGUGUGGAUUGUGUGAUGUCUGCUUGGACAGCGUGGAGUCAGUGCAGUGUGUCAUGUGGUCUGGGGUCUCUGUUCCGGCAGCGUAAGAUCCUGAGGGAUGCUCGGCCCGGGGGCUCCUGUGGGGGCGGACAGUUUGACAGCAGAGCCUGCUUCCUCCAGGCUUGUCCUGUGGAUGGACAGUGGGCUGAGUGGAGUGAGUGGUCAGAGUGUGAUGCUGAAUGUGGGGGUGGUCUGAAGAUAAGGAGCAGAUCUUGCACAAACCCUCCACCCAAAAACGCAGGGAAAGAGUGUGAGGGGAUGACCAUGCAGACUCUGAGCUGCAACACACACCAAUGUGGAACUGGCACAGACUCAAAGACAGGCUGCACUAAUGGCCUGGUGCUGGUGACAGACGCAGACUGUGCGGCGGGUAGAGUGGAGCCGUGCCCUUUGACCUGCUCAGACCUUAACUCUGAGAGUAACUGCUCCUCCCAAUGUAUAACAGGGUGUCGUUGUCCAGUUGGUUUGUUCCUUCAGGAUGGUCAAUGUGUCAAUGUGAGCAAAUGUGCAUGCUUAUGGGAAGUCUCACUGCUUCGACCAGGGGAAGAGGUCAUCAUAGACAACUGUACAUUUUGCAUAUGUCGAGAUGGUCAUGUCUCCUGUGACAACUCUAGCUGUAGCCCCAAAUGUGACUGGUCAGCCUGGUCCUCAUGGACCUCAUGUGACAGCAGCUGUGGAAUCGGCAUACAGCAACGCUUUAGGUCAGUUCUGAGUCCUUCAGGAGCAGUGAACGUAGAGCCAUGUGUUGGAGACUCUACAGAGGCACGGCAAUGCUACACACCCUGCCCACCAGGAGCUCCAUGGAGUGCAUGGUCUUCAUGGUCUGAGUGCAGUAAGACAUGUUUCUACCACGUGGAUGCUGUGGGACUGAGACACCGCUUUAGGAGCUGUAAUCACACUGACUCCGCCUCCUGCUUUGGGGAUGAGGAAGAACACGAGCCCUGUAACACAUUACACUGUCCAGUACAUGGUGGUUGGUCAGCAUGGUCUGCAUGGUCUGGGUGCUCAUCUGAGUGUGAUUCUGGGGUUCAGACUCGAGAACGUUUCUGUAGUUCUCCCCCCCCUCUGUACGGAGGCAGCAGCUGUGUGGGACCUCAUAUACAAACCCGAGACUGCAACUCUCAGCCCUGCACAGACGUGUGUCCAAUUGGUAUGAGCUACUUGACUAAAGAGGAGUGCCAGGCGCAGCGAGGAGGAUGUCCACGCGUGUGCCUUGAUGCUAUGGCUUCGGUAGAGUGUGCCACAGAGUGCUACGAUGGCUGUUACUGCUCCACAGGCUACUACCUGUUUAACAACUCCUGUGUGCUUCUCAGCCACUGCCCCUGCUACCACCAGGGGCUGCUGUAUACACAGGGUGCCAGUGUGCCAUAUGAUGCCUGCAACAACUGUACUUGCAUUAAUGGAGAGAUGCAGUGUGGCACAGUUCCCUGCCCUGCUGAUUGUGGUUGGAGUGAGUGGACGUCCUGGAGUGCGUGCAGCAGGACAUGUGAUGUUGGCAUCAGGAGGCGGUACCGCUCAGGCACCAAUCCUCCGCCAGCAUUUGGGGGCCUUCCUUGUGUCGGUAACCAUGCUGAGCUGGACACAUGUAGCAUCUACCCUUGUAGUGGUGUGAAGAUCCCAUGGAGUGCAUGGUCUGAGUGCUCAGUGCCCUGUGGUGGUGGAUAUAGGAACAGAACCAGAGGUCCAAUCAGAUCUCACGGCACACCACAGCAAUUUAGCGCCUGCAACCUCCACCCUUGCAGUGAUGGCAGUGGCUGUGCUGGCGGUCAGGAGUGGACAGAAUGUGUGAGAGAGGCACUGCUCUGCUCUGAUCUGGAGAUGGAGACUGAAGUAAACUCCACCUGUUCACCAGGAUGUCAGUGCCCACAGGGUUCUGCACUACAGGAUGGAAGGUGUGUGUCUUUGGCUCUGUGUCGCUGUGAUGUAGAUGGUGAACAGUAUGAGUCUGGAGCUGUGGUCAGUAAAGACUGCAACAACUGCACUUGUGAAUCAGGAAGACUAAUAAACUGCACCCAAGUAGAGUGCAAUGUGGAUGGUGGCUGGUCAGCCUGGACUCCAUGGAGUGUGUGCUCAGUGUCUUGUGGUGCAGGCCUGCAGUCACGCUAUCGUUUUUGCUCCAAUCCUGAGCGAGCUGGUGCUGGAUUGCCUUGCAUCGGCCCAGACCGCCAGGAUCAAGUGUGUGUCCAGACAGCAUGCAGCCGUAAUGGAGGAUGGAGCGAGUGGACAUCCUGGACAGAGUGUACCAAGUCAUGUGGAGGGGGUGUGCGCAGCCGCCGACGUGAAUGUGACAGUCCAGCCACUGAGGGAGGCGGAGACUUCUGCGAGGGUCUAAAAACUGAGCUUCUGGCCUGUAACAUAGCGCACUGUCCAGUGACUCAGUGCUCAGACAUUUCAGGCACUGCGUUCAGUAGCUGUGGACCAUCAUGUCCCCGCACCUGUGAUGAACUGACUCACUGUGAGUGGCGUUGUGAGCCUGGCUGUUACUGUAUUGAUGAGAAAGUGUUGAAUGUUAACGGUACAGCGUGUAUAGAGAGAGCGCAGUGCCCCUGUCUGGACUUGACCACAAGCCGGCGCAUUGAACCUGGAGAGACAGUACUCACUCCUGACGGCUGCAACAACUGUACUUGUGAAGGAGGACAGCUCACUUGUAGCAACAACCCAUGUCCAGUGGAUGGAGGCUGGUGUGAGUGGUCCAGUUGGACGCCGUGCUCGAAGACGUGUGGUGCUGAGUGGGUCUCUCGCUACAGGAGCUGUGCUUGUCCUGUGCCAGUGGCAGAAGGGGCAGCGUGUCCAGGCCAGCAAGAGGAGCACCAGGGGCUUGGAGUGCAGAUAGAAAGACAACCCUGUUCUUCAGUCACCUUUUGCCCAGUCCACGGUUCAUGGGGAUUGUGGAGUAAAUGGUCGGAGUGUGAUGCAUGUGCGGGUGUGUCUGUCAGGAAGCGAGAGUGUACCAGCCCCCCUGCUAGAUUUGGAGGUCUGCCAUGCCACGGCGAGUCCCUCCAGACUCGUGGUUGCCAUGACAACCAAACCGUCUGCUCAGACUGUGAGGGUGGACAGCAGGAGUGGCCUUGUGGGAAGCUGUGCCCUCGGUCAUGUGAAGAUCUCCAUGGUGACACUGAGUGUAUAGACACAUCAGGGUGCAGUCCAACCUGUGGUUGCCCAGGUGACAUGGUUCUGCAGGAUGGAGUCUGUGUGGAGAGAGAGGAGUGCCGGUGUAAAUUCCACAACAGCACUUCUGCAGAUUUAAAUAUCACAAACACAGCAUGGGAGUGGCCAGGCAUAAGAGACUGGCAAUAUGCAAAUUCAGGAGAGAACAUCAUCACAGACUGCAGCAACUGCACGUGUGAAGCUGGUGUCUUGCACUGUGACUCAAUUCCUGGUUGUAUUGUUGAUGGUGGGUGGAGCCAAUGGGGACCAUGGUCAGAGUGUUCAGCCCUCUGUGGGGGUGGAGUGACGCUGCGGAUUCGUCAGUGUAAUAACCCCGCCCCUCAGGGAGGUGGGAGAGAGUGCAGUGGUGGUGCUGACCAGCAAAAGGAGUGUAACCGUGAUGCCUGCACAGACUCUGGGAUGUGGUACGACUGGUCGGCAUGGUCCAUGUGUUCUGUCACCUGUGGAGGAGGAGUACAGAGACGCACCCGUUCCUGCCGCACUCCUCCAUGCAACGGGAUGACACGCCAGAGCAAGACCUGCAACACACAAGUGUGUCUGGAGGUGGGCUGCCCUCCAGGUCGUUUAUACCGGGAGUGUGAGAGAGGCGAGGGCUGUCCAUUCAGCUGUGCUCAGCUCAGUGGGCUUGAAGGCUGUUACUCCGAGGGCUGUGAGGAGGGAUGUCACUGUCCUCUCAACACCUACCAGCACCAUGGAGACUGCCUACAGGAGUGUCCAUGCCUAGUGGACAGUGAACUCUUGACCUCACUUCAGAGAGUAUCUGUGACCCCAGAGAUAACCGCAGACCUCUACAACAUUACCAUAGGAACAGAGCUUAGGUCUGGAGAAGAGCUGAUGCAUGAGUGUAGCUCUUGUUUGUGUGAGCACGGCCUCUGGAACUGCUCUCUAGUGCCAUGUCCUCGUGAUGGUGGUCUGAGUCCUUGGGGUCCCUGGGGUCCCUGUUCACUCAGCUGUGGGGGUUUGGGGCAGAAAGUGCGCAAUAGGAGCUGCACUAAUCCAAGCCCUGCUUAUGGAGGUCAAGACUGUGUGGAAGACCUGCAGGAGACAGCAUAUUGCCUGACCCCAGACUGCCCAGUGGAUGUGCUUCCUACAAGCAAACCUCCCCUAUCAGAUGAGGACUUGGGUUUCUCCCAGUGGACACCAUGGAGUUCCUGUUCUAAAUCCUGCAAUGAAGCAGGUCACCCUGCACUCAAGUUUCGGCAGAGAAAAUGUAUCAGUGCACCAUGCACAGGACAAAACAGACAGCAGAAAGUCUGCAAUCUCCCUCAGUGUCCUGAUGGUGGAGUGUGUGUGGAUGAGGCAUGUUCCCAUAGAAACUGCUCGUGGACGGAGUGGGGAGAGUGGAGUGUGUGUUCACGCUCUUGUGGCGUUGGUCAGCAGCAGCGUGUCCGCAGCUUCAUCGCCCCCGGGAUUAACGGAACUUGGUGUUCAGGGAUCAUCGAAGGCAACGUGGAGAACCGCUUCUGCAACAUCCGCGCUUGCCGUGUGGAUGGGAGUUGGUCUCGCUGGAGUCCGUGGUCACACUGUGAUAAGUCAUGUGGGGGUGGUCGCUCUAUUCGUACUCGUUCCUGCUCCAGCCCUCCACCCAAAAAUGGGGGACUCAAAUGUCUCGGAGAGAAGAACCAGGUCAAACCAUGCAACACCAAACCAUGUGAUGAGCGUGGAUGCCCACUGGGUCAGGAGUUUGUGCCCUGUGCCAAUGAGUGCCCUCAGGAUUGCACUGACCUACAGCAAGACAUUCAGUGCCAGGACAAUGCUGAGUGCCAGCCAGGCUGCCGCUGUCCUCAGGGUGAGCUAAAGCAGGAUGGGGUGUGUGUGAAGCUGUGGCAGUGUGACUGCAUAGAUGCACUUGGGCAAAGCUGGACCGCAGGCAGUCAGCACCAAGUUGACUGCAACAACUGCAGCUGCGCAGAUGGAGUUCUCUCCUGCACCAACCUCACCUGUGCAGGAAAUAGAAGUUGCUCCUGGAGCUCGUGGUCCAGCUGGGCCUCCUGCAGUGUUACCUGUGGGGCAGGACAGAGAACACGUUUCAGGUCACUGAUUCCCGAGACCCCAGAUGAUGACUGUCAGUUCGAUGAUGUUCAACACAAGCCAUGUGACCCAGGUCUUUGCCCACCGCUGUGUCUCCAUGGCAACCAGUCGUUGUCUGUUGGUGACACAUGGUUAGAAGGGGAAUGUAAACAAUGCACAUGUAUUCCUGAAGGAGAAUACUGCCAGGAUAUUUACUGUCGAGUGGAUGGAGGCUGGACUCCAUGGUCUGUCUGGUCUGACUGUUCUGUGACGUGUGGUCAAGGAAAUCAGAUCCGGACUCGGGCCUGUAUCAACCCUCCACCACGAAACAAUGGGACACACUGUCCCGGGGCAGAGAGAGAGAUGCAGCACUGCCACGUUGCUCCCUGUCUCGAUGACCUGUGUCCAUGGUCCAGCUGGUCUUCAUGCUCACGGAGCUGUGGUGCAGGUGUGGUGUCCAGGCGUAGGCAUUGUUUGUGUGAAGAGACAGGUGAUCAUGCUUGUCCCGUUUCCACGGACACAGAAAGACAAAGUGAGGAGACUCGCCUGUGCUACAAGAGGCCGUGCCCAGACUGUCCCAUGUCUGAGUGGAGUGAGUGGACAGUGUGUUCCUGUGUAUCUCAGUGGCAGCAGCGCUAUCGUGUGCCUCUGUCUUCGGCCACUAGGGGGCAGCAUUGCAUAGAGAUUGAGAAGCAGAGCAGAGCCUGCAAACCUCAAGACUGCCAGGAAUGUAUGGAACCGUUCCAACCGGACUGUGGUUCUCCAUGUGAGAAGCAGUGUGCAUUGCAAGGGCAGUUGGAUGCAUGCGUGGGGCAGUCGGGGUGUACAGACGGCUGCUACUGCCCUCAGGGUCUACUGCAACAGAAUGGGACGUGUGUGCCUGCAGAACAGUGUGGCUGUGUUCACCUCAUCCAGCGGGACACAGGCUCACCUGUCCCUGUCACUAUCCCACAGGGUGGAGUGCUCAAUAUAGGCUGCAGGACAUGUUUAUGCCAUAAUGGGUCUUUGCAGUGUGAUUCUCAAGAAUGUGAAGUGUCACUCAGUGAGUGGUCAGAGUGGACCCCCUGUUCUCCGUGUGUUCGUACCUCCUGUCUCCUCCACUCUGACUCUGCCAUGACUGAUUGUGAAGAUGUCAGUGCAGGUCUAGGAAUGCUUGAAACAGCUCUGGUGUCAGUGCAGAGGCGCUACCGAACAUGUCUGGAUGUGGACUCUGGGUUACCUGUCAGUGAGAGGGGGGGGGAGUGCUCCAAACCCCUGCAGGAGGAGAGGAUCUGCCCCCAACCCGAUGUCUGCAUAGACCCAUGUCAGUGGAGUGUGUGGGGGACGUGGAGUGUGUGUCAGGAGCCAUGUAGUGGAGGAUUCCGCCAGCGUGAGCGAACAGCCCUGGCAACAACCCUCGGACCACAAUGUACAAGACGGCAGAGCCAAUCACAGGCCUGCAACACCGGCCUCUGUCCAAGUGAGCGCUGUGAAGACAGAGGGCGGGUCUACGAGGCGUCCUGUGCCAAUCAGUGUCCUCGUAGCUGUGCUGACCGUUGGGAGCAUGUGCAGUGUCUGCAGGGAGUCUGUCACCCAGGUUGUAGGUGUCCUGACGGUUGGUUGCUACAGGACAGGGAGUGUGUGAGAGUGUCAGCAUGUCGCUGUGGGCUUCCGACAGAGAACAGCACACUCGAGCUUACACCUGGACAGAAUGUCACAAUCGAGUGUAACACCUGUGUGUGUGUGAAUGGGUCACUGGUGUGUACGGACCGAACCUGCCCCGUGUAUGGCGCAUGGGGUUCCUGGAGUGAGUGCUCGGUGUCAUGUGGGACAGGACGAAGGACACGAACCCGUCCCUGCACACACACACCUGACGGCCCUAGCUGCGGAGAGACCUUUCAGAGCCAAAACUGCACUCUGCUUGCAUGUCCAGCUGACUGUGUGCUGAGUGAGUGGUCCUCCUGGAGUGAGUGCAGCGCCUCCUGUGGUGGAGGAGUGUCACUGCGCAGGAAGACUAUUCUACAGAAGGCUGCGCCUGGAGGAAAGGCCUGCUCGACUCCUAUCGAGCAGCACACUGCCUGCCACACCAACAGCUGCCUGCCUGAGUGUCCUCCGGGUCAGGUGUUCAGUCUAUGUGCAGGUUCGUGUCCGUUUUCCUGUCAAGAUCUGUGGCCUGAGAGCCAGUGUGUGUCGGGAUCUUGCAACCCAGGCUGCUCCUGCCCCCCUGCCAUGAUUAUGCUUAAUGGAUCAUGCAUGCCCUACUCUGAGUGCCCUUGUUCCCCACUGUCUCUGCCAUUGGGGUUGGCCAAUGUCACACUGGACCCCCUGCAGGAAGAGUUUCCCCCUGGAACCAUUAUACCACAUCUCUGCAAUGCCUGUGAAUGUGAAAAUGGAGUAUUCAACUGUACGGAGGAGUCAUGUAAUGUGGAUUGUGAAUGGAGCAGCUGGUCUGAGUGGAGUUCGUGUUCAGUGUCGUGUGGCUCUGGAGUGCAGAUUUCUAGUCGCUCUGUAGUGCAGCCUAGGCAGUAUGGAGGACAUGAGUGUGAAGGUCCCAGGCACAGGAGCAGAGUGUGCACAGGACCCGACUGUGUGUGUCCAGAGGGAGAGCGCUGGAGACGGAGCACGUCUGAGUCAGAGCGUGUGUGUGACAGAGGGUGUGUGGACAUGUACAGCGCUGAACCGCUGAACUGCACUGAAGUAAGCAGGCUCUCCGAGGGCUGCGUGUGUGAGGAUGGGCGCUAUCGUGACGCAGAGGGCCGAUGUGUGAUUCCUGCUCUCUGUCAGUGUGAGGAGGAGGACGGCAUACUGCGAGAGCCUGGCUCUGAGUGGGAAGAAGCAUGCCAAACUUGUCACUGUAUAAAUGGCCUAAAGCAGUGUAAAGCCAGCUGCCCUCCACUUCUGUGUGAUGAGGGUGAAGUCAAAGUGCUGGAGGAUGGACAGUGCUGCCCUGUCUGCAGGAAAGAGUACACAGACGAUCCACUCUCUCAGUGUCACCGUCACACUGAGAUCAGGAACAUCACCAAGGGCGAAUGCCACCUGGUCAAUGUGGAGGUCAGCUUCUGCAGGGGGCGCUGUUUGUCUGGAACGGAUGUCAUUCUUGAGGAGCCCUACCUACAAGCCGUGUGUGACUGCUGCAGUUACAGGCUGGAUCCCCAGACUCCUGUGCGCUUUCUCAACCUACACUGUUCUAGUGGAGAAAGCGAGCCCGUGGUGCUACCCGUCAUACAGAGUUGCGAGUGUACCAGUUGUCAGGGAGGAGAUCUGGCCAAACGUUAAACACAGUUUGGAUGAACUGACAGCUUGGGAGAAGAAAGAAGUAAAAUCUUUUGUUCACCUCCAGUAUAUUUUUAAGUAGCUUUUAGUCAUUAUAUGACUGAAUCCUUUUAAUAGAGUACUUUCUGAAGCUCUCAGACAACUGUACAGCUUUUAAAUUAUGGCUAUUGUCUUAAUGUCUUGUAUGUAUUUUAGUCACACACACAUAUACCA